AUGGUUUUUGUCACUACCACCAACGUGCUCUUGUCGAUGAGUGGGGCAAUAGCGGCUAUUGUCCUGUGGAAGGUGAUCUCGAUACUCAGAGCACCGUACACAUCGGCUUUACGCAAUCUGCCUGGUCCUCCGAGUCCUAGCUGGCCAUUGGGUCACCUGAAGAUGAUGUUCUCCGCCGAAGAUAGCGCAGCUCUAUACGAAAGCUGGGUGGAGAGACACGGUACCACAUUCAAAUACAACGGCUGGGCUGGAACUUAUCGGUUGUUUACCGCGGACACGCGAGCGGUGAAUUACAUCCAAAGCCAUUCGAAUGAUUAUUGGAAGCCAGAGAUUAGUAGGUUCAGUCUGAUCCAAAUCUUAGGCCACGGGCUCUUGUCGGUUGAAGGAGAUCGGCACAGACAGCAGAGGAGGGUCAUGAAUCCAGCUUUUGGUCCAGCUCAAAUCAGAGGAUUGACAGAGAUAUUUGUGGAAAAGGCGCAUAAGCUAUGCGAAUUUUGGAGGAACGAACUUUCAAAGAACGGGGAGCCCGGUCGCAUUGAAGUUCUGAAUGGACUGAGCAAGAUGACUUUGGAUGUUAUUGGACUCGCCGGCUUCAACUACGACUUUAACUCCCUGAACGUCGAUGGCAAGCCCAAUGAGCUGAAUGAGGCAUUCAAUGUACUCUUUCGCUCGCUGGAUGGGUUCGCUAUACUGCCUGUAUUGCAGGCGGUGUUCCCCCCUUUGCGGCUGCUUCCUGACAGGCGUUCGAGGCGGAUAGCCAGCGCAGUAAAGGUGAUGAGGCGCAUUGGUAUGGAACUCAUCUCCAACAAGAAGGCAGAGAUUGUGGCUGCAGCAAUUAGUGAUCAGAAGGAAAAGAACAAGCUGCAGAGUCGCGACCUCCUUACAUUGCUGCUCAAAAGUAAUCUGUCAAGAGAUAACCCAGAGAGUCAAAGACUGUCCGAUAAAGACGUAUUGGCUCAGGUACCAACGUUCCUUAUCGCGGGUCAUGAAACAACGAGCAAUGCAGUCGCUUGGUGCCUAUAUGCUCUGACACAAAACUCUGAGAUACAGCAGAAGUUGCGCGACGAACUCUGGAGCGUUCCAACUGAGGACCCCACAAUGGAUGAACUGAAUGAGCUUCCUUACCUCGAGGCAGUUGUCCGAGAGACAAUGCGCGUACAUGCACCCGUGCCCGCGACAGAAAGGGUUGCAAUCAAGGACGACGUGAUUCUGCUUAACACGCCAUACAUUGAUAUCCGCGGCCAGGUUCAGGACUCUGUCAGGGUCAGGAAGGGAGAUCACAUCUUCAUUCCUAUCAUUGCAAUGAAUAAAUCCAAGGCACUCUGGGGAGAAGAUGCAUUCGAGUUCAAACCUGAACGUUGGGAGUCUAUCCCCGACGCAGUGCAAACCAUCCCCGGAGUGUGGGCCAAUAUGAUGAGUUUCCUGGGUGGCGCACACUCUUGCAUUGGGUUCCGCUUCUCUGUUGUCGAGAUGAAGGCCCUGGUCUUUGCACUCGUCCGCAGCUUCGAGUUCGAGUUGGCGGUUCCAGCGGGUCAACUGACGGCGAAGACCAUCGGUGUUCAACGUCCUGCUGUGCGCGGCGAACAGAACCAAGGGUGUCAGCUGCCUCUUUUGAUCAAAGUAUACAAACGCAAUUGA